CCCCAACUACAGUUAUUGGACCAAUGGAUUUGAAUAGAAAAGACAUGACGUGUUGUCAUUAUUUAUCUGUCAGUAGUAGCUUAAGACUAUCAUUUAUGAAAAUGUCACACACCUUUAUAAACCUUUUGUAAAUUAAGCACAAAGUAUGUAUAUCGUUAAAGGAGGUGAGGGCGUAAAUUCCCCUCCUCCUCUUUAAAGAUGUAAAACGUAAAGUACUUUACUUAAAAUAAGUAAAUUACUGAGGUCAAUUGUCCACCGUUACCUAGCACCCAGACUCUGCCUGUACAGCUGCCAGUCCGGCUCCAGACGCUCAGCGCUGCCGUGUUAGACUGGCUACAUUAUUAAUGAUGCCACAGAAAAUAAACCUGUCCGGGAAGCCAUAUGUAAAGAAAAAAAGACCGUAACACUGUAGCUAACGUGGCCGUGGAUCGGAACAACUUGAAACUAACGUCGUACUGCUGAAGGACCAGUUCAAAACCCCAAUUCUUUCACCCAUAAACAUCACUCACGCUAACACCUGACACAGCCCCCUGUCUUAACAGGUGAAGAGAGGUUGUAGCAUUUUCUGCUAAAGUGGCCAUGGAGGGAGAUCCAGAGGAAUCCGAUGAGGAGGUUCAGAGAGAGGAUAAACCCACUGUGCUUUGGGAGAAGUGCAUUCAGCAGAGUAUCUUUGUUGAUCUAAGUGAGGAUGAAAGUCUCCACUUGAGUGAUUUGGAAAGCUCCUUAGCUUUACAUCUGUCCCAGGCAGAGUCUGCUGCUUCUGAGGCCAGCAUCCAUCUCAGUGCAGGGAGCGCAGAGCUGUCUCCCUUGGAUGUCACCUCGUCAGAGUCUAGUAUUGUCAGCAGUCAGAGUGAGAGGGUGGUAGGGAGCAAGACCAGCAGCAGCAGCAUAUUGCAUGUGUCUGCACAAAGACCAAACACCAUGCAAGAUGAGAUCCCCUUAAACCAGAGGUAUGAGGACCCAGAGCAAAAUACAAGUGAUGAGGAUCAGGAUGACCUACCUUACGAUGGUGACCUUGGAAGCCUGUACUUCAACCAGGCAGCUAACUCUGAGAGCAGUAUGAGCUCUGAUGGAAGAGAAACUGUCCAUGCUAGUCCAAAUGUUCCUGGUUUGCUUGAAUGUCAUACAAGAGAUAGAGAUGAUACCAUUGAACACUUGGUUUCCGCUGAGAAACCAGCAACUUUGUCACAGGAGGAUGCCAACACCAAACAGGACAACUUGUUUGAUGCUUCCAAGCCAAGCGAAGUUGCUCCGUCAUGCCCCUACCCGGCAGACAUUAACCAGUUGUUGCUGCGACACUUCUCUCAGGAGGAGUUGCUGUGGACGGGUAGGCUGAUUGAGGCGGAGACCCUGCCGGAGGUAUCCCUGCUAGAGAGCGUGGAUGACACAGUUUAUAGCUGGGCUCCAACACAAAAGAGCACAACACUUAAUAGUAACCGCUCAGAGAGCCCUGCUUGUAAUUCUGAGAAAAAUCAGAUUAUCUGCUGUGACAGGACUGAUGAAAAGAGUAAUACAGUAUCCAGAGAAGAUGAAGAAGCAGAAAGGGAAAUUGAUAAUGUCAUCUCUGCUGCUACUGACAGCAUUACAUCCAGCUCUGCAAGUAUAAACUCAAAACACUGCAGUGAGGAUACAAGUGCCGUAGAUGUAGUGAAGCAGGAAAGGGCAGAAGAGGAAGAUCAGGUUCAGAGAGCCCCACUUGUGCGCACCAGGUCCUUCAGCGAGAUGAAGUAUGGCCAAGGCCAAGUCCAUUACAAACUCCCGGAUUUCUCCAAGGUUGCCCCCAGGGUGAAAAUCCCCAAAGCUCCAAGUUGUCCAGCCAGACCUGUCCCUCAGAGCCCCACCACCAUGCACAGAGCCCAGCCCUCUCCGGUGAUGUUAGAGGUGAUCAGCAGAGUCCUGGAGGAUGCAGUCCAGCCAUCAGAGAAGCCCUACGUCUUCAAAGACGAGGACAAAGAGACUCCUCCAGCACUAGUGCAUCACCUGCAGGCUGAAUAUGAUAAAUUACUAACCAAAUAUGCUGAGGCAGAGAACCUUAUAGAUCAAAUGAGACUAGGGACCAACACUCAGCCCUCCUCAGAUUUGAUGCUUGACUUAGAGUGUGAUGAUGACCAUAAGGGAAAUCCUCAACCUGUAUUUGAGGGAAGCCAUCUUGGAUCCUUGGCUCCUCACCUUCCCCCAUCAGAUACGUCUCUGUGUCUGACAUCUGAUAUUAUGACAGAAAACCUUGGUGAAAAAGGAGAAACAACCACCCAUAGCAACAUUAAGGAGGCGAACACAGCUUCCUCCGGCCAGCCUGAAGUGGGUCCCAGUGAUGGGGAAAUAAUGACUGCUGAGCUUAAAGACAUCAUCAACCAGUUCAUGGAGAAGGUAGAGGAACUCAAAUUGAGUGUAAGCAACAUGUCAGUGAGCACAGCAGAACAGCAAAUGAUGUUGAGGAGCAUUAUGGAGGCUCAGGACCAGCUGGAAAGAAAAUACAUCAGUAAGAAGGAAGAGCACAGAGCUCUGGAGAUGCAAAACUACAUGGGCCUGUCCAGGAACACUGGCACCUUUGACCCAAACAGGCUGGUGGAGGGAGACAUAUUCAGGAUAGGGAUGCACCUUGAGGACAUAAAGGACAUGAUAGACAAAAACGUGUGUGAGCAGAUUUCUCCACCCCACUCAUCCUCCACUCCCGCGCCCAUGAAAGACAUGCUGCAUGUACAGUCCAGUCCUCUCUGCAUGCCCGCACCCUCACCUCCACCAUCGCUGCAUGAGGGACUAAGGGCAGGUUUUUCUAUUGCGGGUUACAAGAUGGAGACACGUAAAGAAAAAGAAGUGGAACAAGCCAAUGAGGUCCAUCGAGGUGAUGGAUUACAGCAAAGCGGUGAACGCAUAACAACUGACUGCCACCAAUCAAGUUUCAGGAGCUCAUUGUUGUCUUUGGAGGGUCUGGAAAUCCAGACAGCUGAGGCUGAAGAGGAAAGGAGCUCUGCUUUGUCAGAGCUGAUAGAUCACAGUAACAUCUUAGCAUACUUAAGUGGAACCAGCUCAUCCUCAAGACAGAGGCAGUGGACACCCGACAGCCAUAGUGCUCCAGAUAGUUUCCUGAGCCCAGUGGGUAAAUGUGAUCUGGGUGAAUGUGUGAGUCUGGCUGUGGAGGUCUCCUCUUCCCCUGAUGCACCCCGAGACUCAGCCACCCACAGCCUCUCAGAGUCUCCACUCAACACCUCAUCUGUAUCACAGAGGAUUGUGAGCCCAGAGACAGACAGUGGAUUUGGGAGUUCCUAUUUGAAUCAAUCAGCUUCUGGACCAUUUCAACAAAAUCUGCUCACACAAAGUGUGCAGUCCCAGAAUGAUGGUUUAAGUAGCUCAGACAGUGAGGGCUCCUGCUCCAACCUGCAGACAGCCAUCCAUUCAGUCAGCCUCACCAGCCCACAGUGGGCUAGUCCCCACCCAUCUGUGCAAACACAGUCCUGUGUUACAGCAGCGGCAGUGGAGCGGUGGGUAGAGAGCACCACUAAGGAGCCUUCAGUCAGGCUGCAGGGAUCUGAAUGCAGCCUUCCUGCCCAGCUCCAUCACCACAUGUCUGAACCUGUACUCGGCAUCACCAUGACUACGGAAGAGAGAGGCAGACCGCUGUACUCCUGCUCUUGUAAUAGGCCAGUAUAUGCUAAGGAGCAACCAGUUUUGGUGGUUGACUGCCACACUUUUCAGGGACUAAGGGCAGGUUUUUCUAUUGCGGGUUACAAGAUGGAGACACGUAAAGAAAAAGAAGUGGAACAAGCCAAUGAGGUCCAUCGAGGUGAUGGAUUACAGCAAAGCGGUGAACGCAUAACAACUGACUGCCACCAAUCAAGUUUCAGGAGCUCAUUGUUGUCUUUGGAGGGUCUGGAAAUCCAGACAGCUGAGGCUGAAGAGGAAAGGAGCUCUGCUUUGUCAGAGCUGAUAGAUCACAGUAACAUCUUAGCAUACUUAAGUGGAACCAGCUCAUCCUCAAGACAGAGGCAGUGGACACCCGACAGCCAUAGUGCUCCAGAUAGUUUCCUGAGCCCAGUGGGUAAAUGUGAUCUGGGUGAAUGUGUGAGUCUGGCUGUGGAGGUCUCCUCUUCCCCUGAUGCACCCCGAGACUCAGCCACCCACAGCCUCUCAGAGUCUCCACUCAACACCUCAUCUGUAUCACAGAGGAUUGUGAGCCCAGAGACAGACAGUGGAUUUGGGAGUUCCUAUUUGAAUCAAUCAGCUUCUGGACCAUUUCAACAAAAUCUGCUCACACAAAGUGUGCAGUCCCAGAAUGAUGGUUUAAGUAGCUCAGACAGUGAGGGCUCCUGCUCCAACCUGCAGACAGCCAUCCAUUCAGUCAGCCUCACCAGCCCACAGUGGGCUAGUCCCCACCCAUCUGUGCAAACACAGUCCUGUGUUACAGCAGCGGCAGUGGAGCGGUGGGUAGAGAGCACCACUAAGGAGCCUUCAGUCAGGCUGCAGGGAUCUGAAUGCAGCCUUCCUGCCCAGCUCCAUCACCACAUGUCUGAACCUGUACUCGGCAUCACCAUGACUACGGAAGAGAGAGGCAGACCGCUGUACUCCUGCUCUUGUAAUAGUGAGGCUAUCCUGGCCUUGCAGUCAGAGGUAUCCAGGCUGAAGAAGGACCUUGAGGAGGGCUUGGUCCAGCUGCCUCACCUGACAGAGAAGAUGGACUAUCUCACCUCCAAAUACAGACAGGAUCGUCAAGAGCGCAGGUCGAAAACCAGAUCCCGGACCCACCACAGACCAGCCUGCAACAGUGUGUGGAAGCCAUCGAGUAGCAGACAGAAUGUGAGCAAUCUCAGUUCCAGUCAGGUGUGGAUAGAUAACUGGAUCUCUUCAGACAUGGACCCCGACAAGAGCAAAGGGACAGACAGUGGUGACACAGCUGGCUCUGAGAACAUGUUGCAGUUCCACAAUUCACCUGUAUGGGACAGGCGAAGCAGCAGCAGUGUACGCUCGGCACCUGAGUUUCGAUAUAAACUUCAGGGGGCACUGCAGUCCAGCAGAGGGUCAGAGGGACAUGGCUCAGUGACAACGUCUGGUCUGACCAGAUCCAUUUUAAAAGGAGGGAAAGAGGAGGCUUCUGACAGCCAUACCAAGCAGAGACCACAAACAGCUGUCAUGGAGAGUUUGUACUGCAAGGAGAGGUGGUCUCUUUUCUCUUCUCCGUCUCUUCAGAAGCCCCUUCUCCAGGUCAGCUAUGGCUCCUCCAGCAGCCUGCCUGCCAGCUUUAAAGUCAGGGAGCGACCACUGCAGUCCACGUGCCAUCAAAGAAAGCACUCUACCCAGUCAGACACGGCACUCCUGCCCAGUAAUGUGUACUUCCAGCGGACAAUGUCUCCAGUAUCGGUGCCCACAAAGACUGGCAUCAGGACAGGCAGACGCAAGGGGAGCAAGGAGGAAGAAAUGAACAGGAAUCUAGACCAGGCUAUUGAGGUGGCCCGCAGUAUUAAGAGGACCACUGACCAAAUGGCCAAGAGACUGUCAGCUGACCUGGCCAAGGCUCAACUCCACAGGAAAGUGCUCAAGAUGCAGCCACAAGGGGGCAGGAAAUACCAAGCAUAACAAUCAGGGUCCAGAUCUGUAAUCAUCAAUCUGCUAGCCCUUAUAAUACCUGAUACUGAUGACUAUGUAGAAUAUAUCUUUGUUGGAUUUUGAGUUAUUUAAGGACCUGUUUGUGUUAAGUUGUUGCCUUUGUACAUGCUUGUAAAUUUUUAAUAUGCAUAAAAGUCUGAAAUCACACUGUGAAAAUACAAUUUGGAUUUUAUAAUCUCA